AACCUACAGGGGAACUACGAACAUUAUGGUGCUGUACUAUCGAGUUGUCUUGCAUGAAGACCAGAGAUAAGCGCCAUAAAUCAAACUCAUGUCAGGUCUAAUGGGUCGAAGUGCGUUUAAGGUUCGCUUACAUUACCCUUUCUAAAAUCUGUUGCCGUGUUGCGAGCCUUUUGAAUUGUCGUGAAUUGAUUUACACUUCGGGUAAGCUGGGACAAGAAAUGGAAUUUCAACUUUUGCAUUGAAGUUGUUUGUUUUUCUUCUGUGGUUCUCGUUUACUUGACCUGCAUGAAACAACACAGUAUGAACGUUGACAUGUGCUUCAGUCAUCCGCAGUGACAUUAUUAAGUGCAGGUGGGUUCUCUUCACUGCUCUUCUUCUUUUUUAUAUAUAUAUAUAGAGAGAGAUAUAUAUUUAGUUUUUGUUUGCAUUUGUCCUCCACCUCUACUCAUUCGCCCAACGAGGUCGUGACAGAGAAGACAAACGUACUUUGGCAACAAAACGUCCAACGGUAGGAGAACUGCGAAAAUACGUGACAGAAAACUUAUAUUAAAUUCCAUACCAGAACUAUUUGAUAUACAGAUCGCGUUUAUCAGUUUAUUAUCAAGAGUUAUUAAGUGCUCAUAUGAUUUUUAAAAUUAUUCUCGAGUGAAAGCGCCUUUCUGAAUGCUGGUACGUCCUAUAAAACCCCACUAGAGAGUGCUGUGGUACAAUUUUAAGGACAACCAUCACUAAGCUAUUCCAAUUCUUUAUGAAAGCUAUUCAUAAGUAAAUGGUUUUGUGUUUGUGAAUUAUGUAAAAAGCCAUGUACUAAUGUUCUGAAAGUCCUAAGCCAUUAAAUACAAAUAUACACAUCAGCCAACUUUAAUAAGUGCCUUCAAAUUUGCCUUCAAAUGGACCAAGCAGCCAAGAACGUCCAAGCACAGAUAUAAUCUUUAAAUUAUGUUUUUUUUUAUUAUAUCCCAGAAAAGAUAAGAGGUUAUUUCAAAAAUACACAAUAAUAGAAAUAAGCUAUUUUAAGAACUAUGUAGGCCUAUAAAAGAGGUAAACUAAACAGACUUCUACUCAAAAAAUAUCAUAACUCAACAAACUGAUCUAUUUAGUAACUGAAUAAACCUUCUUUUAGCAUCAGAUUUUGUUUUGGGGUAUUUCGGUGGGCCUAUGUGAAAUGUAGCUUCAGUUUCCUGUUCUUAACUUAUGUGGUCUGCUGCUGCUGUAGCUCAUCUGCUUCAAGUUUCAACCUGCUGUGCUCUUCUGCAUACCUUGGCUAUAAUGAGUGGCUAUUUGAAUUACUGUUGUCUUCCUAUCAACUCAAAGCAGUCUGUCCAUUCUUCUUUGACCUCUGACAUCAAGUAGACAUUUUCACCCAGAGAAACUCAAGACUUUCAGUCUGCCUUGAAGCAUUCCAAGGGUGUAUAGUAUACCCAGAACAUGGUUGAGACACAUCUCUCGGCUGGCCUGGGAACAACUCAGCGUUUCUCCGGAUAAGCUGAAGAAGGUGGCUGGGGAGGGGGAAGUUUGUGCUCUCUGCUUAGGCUACUGUCCCCACAACUUGACCCUGACUAAGCAGAAGAGGAUGGAUGGACGAACAGAUGGAAAAAUAUUCUCUGCAAACUCCAGAGAAACCCGAGAGAUUGUUGUGUGGAAAAAUCCCAGUAAAUCCCAGUAGGAAAGAUAAAGCCAUAAAGAAUGUCUGAUAUAAAAUAUUACAUGUCACUGUCUGUGACUGUGGGUGUCAUGUUGGUGGGCCUGCUCUACUCCAUCUGUUUAGCCUGUCAGUGGAUUUAUGGUUGGCCUGACAAGCCUGGGUAUAAGAAGUACAUAGAAGCUCUUAAUCCAAGGCGAAUAUAUCGUCUGACCCUCACUACACUGGAUCUUCUCAAAUACCUGCAGUAUUGGAAAGUUUACUUUCAGCUGAAGUCAUGGUAUAACGAUGAGAGGAAUCUAAAGUAUUAUGAAAAGGGCAUCACGUUUGGCCGCAGAGGCAACAAGCUGGACUUAUACCACCCUCCAAAUGUAAGGAAGCUGCCAUCACCGGCGGUAGUAUUUGUCUACGGAGGUGCAUGGGGCACAGGAGAAAGGUCCACUUACUGUUUACUGGGGAGUCGGAUGGCUGAAGAACUGAAAGCAACUGUAAUUUGUCCUGAUUACUGCACAUAUCCAAAGGACAACAUUGUAUUAAUUGGGCAUUCAGCAGGUGCACAUUUGUGUACACUCACCACACUGUUUCUUGUUGAUACAAGAGAGGAGCUUUCCAUAGAGCCAGGCAAGCAGCAGGAAGUCUUGCUCUCGAUAAGAGGAAUUAUUGGUCUGAGCGGCGUCUACAACAUCGUGGACCAUUAUGAGCAUGAACAGAAACGAGGAGUUGAACGAGUGUCCCCCAUGCACAAAGCGAUGAAUGGUGUGGAAAACCUUCCAUACUACUCACCAACACACUUACUAAAGAAGCUCAGCCAGGACAAAGUCAACAGAUUGCCUCCAUUCGCUUUGCUCCAUGGGACCAAUGACAUUAUGGUUCCUGCUGAAUCUACCAUAAGAUUCUCUGAGCUUCUCACUUUGCGCUCUGUUAAGAUGUCAUUGAAUGUUCUUCAUGGAGUCGCCCACACUGAGACUGCUGUUGAUCUCAUGGUGUUAAACAGACGCCUCUACCGUCCAAUCUACAGAUACAUCAAAGAAGAGUUUAGAAAAUUUCUGGGUACCUGCUGACUGCAUGUGAUUAGAAAAGUAUUCACACAGCUCCAGUAUGUGCUGAAUUGUACUGUACUGUAAAUUAAAAUCAACCAUUUAAUUAUGAGUUUGACUUGAUUCUCUGAAGCUCUGAUUUUAUAAAACUAAUAUGAUAUUUUUAACAGUACUUUAAUUAUUUUGGAGAGAUGCUCUUUAUAGUGCUGUCAAAUAAGUAAUCACAAAGUGAAAUCAAUUAUAGAACAGUAGGGUUUAUUAGGAAGCUACACACAAUAU